GGGGACACACCGCCCAGCAGCCCGCGCCUCCCCCUGGUCAACUUUGAGCAGGAGGAGAAGCAACUUUGACAGUGGCUGCGGUUUUCGAAGCCCGCUUCUCCUCGGCAGCGGUAGCCUCGCAAGUGGCUGGGGUCAGAGAGCAAGAGUUUCCUGGGCGCAGCUGUACAGCGUCUGGCUGUUUUGCAACCUGUUUCCAGGGAGCGCGGAACGGGCUUGCAGCUCCUAGUCAUCGUAAGGAGGUGAACUUUCCCCUCAGCUCACCUCGGCCAGCUACUGGAUAAAGCAGCAUCGAAAGGAUGUAAAUAGGCAGAGCAACCGUUACCAAGAAGGCAACCACCCAAAGGCAGGGAGGAGCGUGGGGCUUUUUCCGGGCUUCUCCCAGUCGCAACAUUAAUCAACAGUCAGGUGUUGGUUGCAACUUUUCAAGGUCAGCCACCAGGAGCAGAGAGUCCCUUUCUGAACCUUGGGGAUACGCAGCGCUCGGGCUGGAUUUGGCUGAGAAAUGCACAGGACGCCAAACGAGGAAGGACUGUAGCGCCGGAGGGUUGUGACCCCCAGGACCCAUCCCCCAACCUCCCCGUAAUCUCCCGUCCCCCGCUGCCCCGGCGGCGGUAUGUGACAUGUGUCUAACUCUCAGCAGCAACUUAGGCAGCAGGUGUCGGUCCUAAGCAGGAGCCGCGGCGGCCGGGUGCAUCCUCACCGAGUCAUGCGGGGCCAGGGCGCGCUUCUCGCCCGCACAUCGCGGUUGCUGCUUCUGCUUCUGCUCCUGCUCGAGGUGUCUGCCUCUCCUGCUCUCGGGUCCACCUCUGCUCCCAGGAAUGAAACUUGUCUGGGGAAAAGCUGCUCACCUACACUGAGCCAGCGUCGCAGCAGGGACGCUUGGGGACUGGGUAAUUCUUCAGGAGACCUGCUAACCCAUGCAUCUAGGGAGGGGGGGCAGGAAGCAGCAGCGCGCGCGGUGCCCCUGUGGGACCUGCCGACGGCAGGGAGCGGUGACCCAGGUGCUGGCAGAGGGGCGCAGGCGUCCGCAGCGGAGCGUGCGGGACCUCCAGCCAGGCCACCUGGCACCUGGAGUUUGAAAGGUACCCAGGAUCAGGAACCCCCUGGAACUUUGGAGAGAGGGAACCCCACAGCUCUCCAACUCUUCCUUCAGACCUCAGGGGAAAAGGAGAAGGGUCCUAGAGGCGCUGGAAUCUUCGGGCGCAGCCAGGAACCCAGUGUGAGGACGGAACCUGGAGUCAGCGACCUUUAUUACUGGCCAAGGAGAGCCGGGAAACACCCGGGUUCCCACCACGACGCUCCACCCAAGACGGUCAAUGGACCACCGAGGCACGAAGGGCGGAUGAUUGCACCCCCCGGAAGGGCGCUGGCCCAAAAUGGGUCCUGGGGUGAAGGGGUCAACGAACGCGGGGAUCCCCGCCGGGGAAACAGCACCAACCGGCGCUUGCGACUGAAGAACCCCUUCUACCCGUUGACCCAGGAGUCUUACGGAGCCUAUGCAGUCAUGUGUUUGUCGGUGGUGAUCUUUGGAACCGGCAUCAUUGGCAACCUGGCGGUGAUGUGCAUCGUGUGUCAUAACUACUACAUGCGGAGCAUCUCCAACUCCCUUUUGGCCAACCUGGCCUUCUGGGACUUUCUUAUCAUCUUCUUCUGCCUUCCAUUAGUCAUCUUUCACGAGCUGACGAAGAAGUGGCUGCUGGAAGACUUCUCCUGCAAGAUUGUUCCAUACAUUGAGGUUGCUUCUCUGGGCGUCACAACCUUCACUUUGUGUGCUCUGUGCAUAGACCGCUUCCGGGCCGCCACCAACGUGCAGAUGUACUACGAAAUGAUUGAGAACUGUUCUUCCACAACUGCCAAGCUUGCUGUCAUAUGGGUUGGUGCUCUCCUGUUGGCGCUUCCAGAAGUUGUUCUUCGCCAGCUGAGCAAGGAGGAUUUGGGCUUGAGUGGCCGAGCACCUGCAGAGCGCUGCGUUAUCAAGAUCUCGCCUGACCUGCCAGACACCAUCUAUGUUCUGGCCCUCACCUACGACAGCGCGAGGCUCUGGUGGUAUUUUGGCUGUUACUUCUGUUUGCCUACACUUUUUACCAUCACCUGCUCCUUAGUGACUGCGAGGAAAAUCCGCAAAGCGGAGAAAGCCUGCACGCGAGGGAAUAAGCGGCAGAUUCAGCUAGAGAGCCAGAUGAACUGCACAGUCGUGGCUUUGACCAUUUUAUAUGGAUUUUGCAUUAUUCCUGAAAAUAUCUGCAACAUUGUUACUGCCUAUAUGGCAACAGGGGUUUCCCAGCAAACAAUGGACCUUCUUAAUAUCAUCAGUCAGUUCCUGUUGUUCUUUAAGUCCUGUGUCACCCCAGUCAUCCUGUUCUGUCUGUGCAAACCCUUCAGUCGGGCCUUUAUGGAGUGCUGCUGCUGUUGCUGCGAGGAGUGCAUUCAGAAGUCUUCCACAGUGACCAGCGACGACAAUGACAAUGAAUACACCACGGAACUGGAACUCUCACCUUUCAGUACCAUCCGCCGUGAAAUGUCCACUUUUGGUUCUGUUGGAACUCAUUGCUGAAGGACGUUUGGUUUGGGUAGAUUUCUUUGUUUGAUUUUCAUACCCUGUGAAAGUUUUUACUUUAUAUUUUUCCUUACUGGGAAAUAAAAAAUGCAAAAAAAAAUGAAAAUAAAAAGAGGGAAAUGUUAACUACUGUAGAACUGAUUUUGCAGAUUAAUAUUUGUGCUUUGAAAAAAAAUGUUUAUAUUUAGUUAUUUAAGAGGUAUGAGGAGGCCAAUAGUUUUAGGUCAUUUUAUCUGGUAUGGUGCUAAUAUUUUAUUUUUUAAAAGUUAUUGCACCUUAACUAACUGCUAAUUUUUUUUUUUUUAUAAUCAUUGUAUAUUGAUUAUAGCCAUGUGGUUUUGUAGGUUAUAUUAUGUUUGAGAUGUGACUGAAAGUAUAUUGUAUAUAGUAUAAUGAGAUGAUUUGUAGAAAAGAAACAUUCACAAAGUAGCACCAAAUAAAUUACACUUUAUUCUUUAAUGUCAUU